AAAUUGUAUUCCCAGUCAGACUGUGGUGUGUUGCAAGGAUGUUCUGUUUGUGCAGUGGACUUUCAAGGUGUUGUUUAUCAUUGUAAAACUUUAGAUUAUUGAUGAUGACUCAGUUAUUUGGAUUGUUAGUUUACUGAUGAACUGACUUACGGUACUGCUAAAGAAGUGGUCCUUAUCAAACACAAGUAAAAUUGAGUUUCAGUGACUAGUAGAAGUAAAAUCUUAAAACAAAUUGAAACAUUUUGAACAAAAAUUAUUUUUUAAUGAAAAGUGAAAAUAUGGAUAAGAAGCAGAGUUGGCCGGAGUGGGUUUAUCCAGAGUGGAGAGUGGACAGUGGACUCCUGAGUCCGGAGAGAUGGUUACAGGGCAAACAAGAGUGUGAUGGAGCGGAGGGCUUGUGGAGGGUCCACGAUGGGCUGUAUGACCUCUCCUUGUGGAUACAUUCACAUCCUGGUGGAGCGCAAUGGCUUCAAGAUACCAAGGGAACAGAUAUCACUGAGGCCUUUGAAUCACAUCACUUAAGCCCCCUGGCAACAAAAAUACUACCUAAUUUUUAUGUUCGAAAGGCAAACGCACCAAGGAAUUCCCCAUUUACUUUCAAGGAUGAUGGGUUCUUCCGAAUGAUGAAGUCUAGAGUUUAUGAAAAGCUGAAACAUGUGCCACCAGGGCCCAGUAGACACUCAAAGAUGCUUCUAGAUUCGUUGGCUACAAGUACAAUUGUUUUGUCAGUGUUGGCAGCACUGUAUCAGAGUUUCUUGCUGGGGUUUGUUGCUGGAAUGUUGCUCACAAUGACAACAAUCUGUUCCCACAACUUUUUUCAUCAGAGGGACAGCUGGAGAAUGUACCUGUUCAACAUGUCCUUGUUCACUGUGAGACACUGGAGGAUCUCCCAUGCACUCAGCCAUCACUUGUAUCCUAACACUCAUUAUGACUUGGAGAUUUCCAUGUUCGAGCCAUUUCUCAAAUAUAUUCCGAGUUCAGAAAAAUCAAAAAUUUGGAGCCGUUUAUCUGUAAUAUAUUCCCCAUUUAUAUAUCCCUUCAUCACCCUAGCAGAAGGGAUUAAAAGGACAUUAACUACACAACCUCAACCACAAGAUUUAAUUGGGUUUCUACUACCAACAGUGACGAUUCUGAUUGGUGGUGUGUCAGUUCUUCAAGCUUUGAAGAUGUGGAUCUUCAUCACCUUAGUUGGUAGCUUCUUUUUUGGUGUUAUUGGUGUGAAUGUAGCACACCACCAUCCUGACAUAUUUCACUAUGGAGAUAAGCCAAACAAAGACCGUGAUUGGGGCAUAUUCAGUUUGGCUGCAACAAGGGAUAGAAUUGAGGUCUAUGGAUCUCCAAACCUGGUCCUAUUAACCUUUGGAGAUCAUUGUCUACACCAUCUGUUCCCAACAAUAGAUCAUGUGCACCUGCACAGUCUUUAUCCUAUUUUAGAACAAACUUGUAAAGAAUUUGGAAUCAAAUUCAAGAUGAUGACAACUUUGGACCUUCUCCUUGGCCAGUUCAGACAACUUAUGAGGAGAGAACCGAAUCUCAAAGAGCCUUUGUGUGAUUAAGAUACUGUAUCAUAGAAAUUAAAUACAUAUUUAAUAAAAAUUUUAAAACAUU